GUUUAACGUAGCACUAUGAUUGGUUGGUUCUGAAUCAUGUGUCCUCCUUGUUUGUAUUUAAAGGACAUAAAACUUAGACUUAACCAUUGCGAAUUAUUGCUCGAAUUUCAACGACUAGACAUAGGGACAUCUGUAUACAGUAUCAUCAAGGCAUCAAGGCAUUUGGACAGGAGCAACAUCAUGUUCUUGCCUGUACUGUUAGCAUGCCAGCUGUUGGUAGUCACAGCACAGGUUCGAGAAAGUAGAACCUCGCCCCCCAAAGUCGACCUCACCCAUGACGAAUUGGAGGAAAUUAAGGCAAAGGCAAAAGAAAUCCUGGACAAUGAACUCAGAUUACAAAGGGGAUUUCUGAAAAUAGAUUCGUUCGUAAAUGCGACCGGAACUACGAUCCAUCAGCACAGUAAGUUCACCUUCACGAAUCUGGAGAGCAUUCGAAAAGGCGAGAACCAUCGUCUGAACGUCAUCAUAACAACUCUGGCACUGAAACGGGCAAACAUACCAGAUGACCAAAUACGACCACAACUUGAGACAGGAUUUGGACUCACGGUCUUCUGUGACGACAACUGCACGUGUGACACCAACUCUCCCUAUCGGACAGCUGAUGGUCACUGCAACAACCUGGAACACAGCACGUGGGGUAUGGCGUCCAUACCGAUGAGGCGAUGGCUUUAUCCGGCGUAUGACGACGGUGUAUCAACGCCGAGGCAGCUGGCAACGUCAGGAGCGCCAAACCAUUUACCUAGUGCUCGCACCGUCAGCACGACUGUCCACACCCCUUCAACAGACUCCGACCUCAGCGAGGACUACACCCACAUGUUGAUGCAGUGGGGUCAGUUCCUGGAUCACGACAUCACCAGCACGCCCACACAGCAGCUCACACAGCCAGGAAAUCCCUACCUGACAUCAGUGGCGUGUUGUAGCAACUCCUUCCCCGACGGCGGGGUAUCACAGGCUGACUUGGAUGCAAGACCUCAGUGUUUCCCCAUCCAAGUACAGCAGCCGGACAGGAACUUCACGUUUGACUGUAUGAAUUUCGUACGAUCUGUCCAGGUUGAAAACGCCAAUUGUACCGUAGCUCCUGUGGAACAACUGAACCAGAUCACAGCUUACAUAGACGCCUCGCAGGUGUACGGGUCGUCACAGGAGGAACAGAACAAGCUACGGACUUUUGUUGACGGAUUACUGAAAGUAAGCAGUGUCGGCACUACACCGCGCGAUCUGCUUCCGGAAGACACCGCCAACCCAGACAGCUGCAACCAACAAGACCCAUCUGAUUAUUGUUUUCUUGCAGGUGACCAUCGAGUGAAUGAGAACCCCACUCUACAGAGCAUGCACACCAUCUUCAUGAGAGAACACAACCGUAUAGCGAGGAGGUUGAAACAACUGAACUGUCACUGGAGCGAUGAAAGAAUCUUCCAGGAAGCCAGGAAGAUCGUUGGAGCCAUUAUACAGGAAAUCACAUAUGACGAAUACCUACCAAUCAUCCUCGGCACUUCAACCAUGACUACCUACGGCCUAACUGUAGGAUCUGGCUCAACGUAUGCCAACGUCUACAGCACAACAACAGACGCCAGCAUCAGGAACGCGUUUGCAGCAGCAGCUUUCAGAAUGGGACACUCCAUGAUUCGCAGUUUCAUGAGCAGUUUCAACGUGGCGUAUGCCAAUGUUGGUCAAGACAAACUUAGUGACACCUUCGGAAACACCAACCUGAUUUUAAGCGCGACGAACAGACAUGUCGGCCAUUACUGCAGAGGUUUGGUCAAGGACUGCGCCCAGUCAGUGGACGGCAAACUAUCGCAGGAGGUGACAGACCGUCUCUUCCCUGAUUCUGAUGGAAAUAGUCUGGAUCUGGCAGCCCUCAACAUUCAGAGAGGGAGGGACCACGGUCUGCCGUCCUACACUCACUGGAGGCAUUUUUGUGGAGUUCCUAAUGUGGCCUCUAUUGCAGAUCUUGUAUCAACUCACACUCCUGCCUCCGUUCUACAGCUUAAUGCUGCAUAUGCAGAUGUAAAGGACAUUGACUUGUUCACUGGAGGGCUCUCCGAGAAGCCGGUACCAGGGGGACUUGUUGGACCAACCUUCGCCUGUCUGCUCGGAAAACAGUUCGAGGCUCUCAAGAAAGGAGACCGAUUCUGGUUUGAGGAAGACAACAAUUUCGUGAAAUUUACUCCAGCACAGCUGGAGCAGAUCAGGAAAGCAAGCCUGUCCCGGGUCGUGUGUGAAAACACAAACACUGGCAGCAUACAGCCAAACGCAUUUGUCAUGGCUCCUGCGGUGACAUGUGGUUCACUGGAUGAGAUUGACCUGACCCCUUGGAAGGAGUGCCAGGCCGCAUGGUCGUCUUGGACUCGCUGGGGAACAUGCAGUGGGGGUAUCCAAAGACGCUCCCGCAGAUGUGGCACUUGUAACUGUGGUUGUGAAGGUCCUAACGUUGACUGCAGAUUGUGUAGGGUUGUAGUGGAUCGGGAGUCUGUGAAAAGGGGAUAAGAGUUCGUUCUGGGAAAUGUCGUUGCCCUGGGGCCGGCACGUAGGCACUGAAAUGCAAAAUGGCGAUUAAUGAGGAUGCCAUUCCCCAAGUAGCGAAGUCGAUAAAUCCGUAAGAUAACACAAAAGCAGAUAUUAACCAAUGCCAAAUAUUAUCCCAGAAAUAUAUUAAUGUGUUAACCGAUGCCAAAUAUUAUCCACGAAAUAUAUUGAUGUGUUGUACUCAACUCCAAAGAUGUGUUCACAUGUAUCGCAAAUACCAACACCAUUAUUAUGAUGUUUAUAAUAUCACUAGGGGCACGGGUGGCCCAGUCGUCAAGGGCGCCUAAGUUGCGUCCCUUGGGCACGCCAGAAACCUAUGAUUGUGGGUUCGAAUCCCGGUUCGCCCCGAUUAUGUUUCUAGAUUU